UGAGUGUGGACAGGCCCCGCCCUUCCGCGCCGCGCCGCCCGGCUGCCCCUCCCCAGCUACCCCGCGGUGCUCCUUCCUGAACGGCGCUGGAGGGCCUGGCGGCUGCGGCCCAUGGGGCCGAUGGCACUGCCCGCCUGGCUGCAGCCCAGGUAUAGGAAGAACACCUAUCUUUUCGUCUACUACUUAAUCCAGUUCUGUGGCCACUCAUGGAUAUUUACAAAUAUGAUAGUCAGGUUCUUUUCAUUUGGAAAAGAUUCAAUGGUUGACACUUUUUAUGCUAUUGGACUUGUGAUGCGACUUUGCCAAUCCAUUUCCAUCUUGGAGUUGCUGCACAUAUAUAUCGGCAUUGAAUCAAGCCAUCUUCUUCCUAGGUUUGUGCAGCUCACAGAGAGAAUCAUCCUCCUCUUUGUGGUGAUCACCAGCCAAGAGGAAGUCCAAGAGAAAUACGUGGUGUGUGUUUUAUUCAUCUUUUGGAAUCUAUUGGAUAUGAUUAGGUACACUUACAGCAUGCUAUCAGUCACAGGAAUAUCAUAUGCCGCCCUGACGUGGCUCAGUCAAACACUAUGGAUGCCGAUUUACCCUUUGUGUGUUCUCGCUGAAGCAUUUGCCAUCUAUCAGUCCCUGCCUUAUUUUGAAUCAUUUGGCACUUACUCCACAAAGCUGCCCUUUGACUUACCCAUUUAUUUCCCAUAUGUGCUGAAAAUAUAUCUCAUGAUGCUCUUUAUAGGUAUGUAUUUUACCUGCAGUCAUCUUUGCUCAGAAAGAAGAGAUGUCCUCAGAGUCUUUCCCAUUAAAAAGAAGAAAAUGUGAAGCACAGCAUUCUGAUGUGACGUAAGAAAAACCAGGCUGUGGAUUCCGCUGAAGAAAGCACAAUACAGGAAGCAUGCUGCUGGAAAAAUACCUAGUAUUUGACAGAAAUCCAUGACAUGAAAUACUUGCACUUCUUCACAAACCCUAGACAGAUCACAGCAGUCACACAUCACAUUUUCAAAACACAUAUCUGAAUAACCUAUUUCACCACAGCUGUGGAUUUUAUACAAGUUAAAUUUAUAUUAGGUGAAGCCUGAUUAUUUCCCUGUGAGGGUAAUGAGAAAUCAGAGAUUAACUGGAGUAGAUUGAGUUAAAUUGAGAAACCAAAGUUGUUAACCUAAAUUACAUCAUUUCUUUUCACUUCUGAGUUCCCAAAUAGCAUCAGCCCCACAGGAGGGGAGCCUGUAAUAUAUGCUUUGCAGUUAGCUAGAAUAACAUUUUAUGGACAGAUGUCACUGUUCCCAGAGUUAAUGCCCACCUUAAACAUCUGACCCACAUAGAAAAUUGAACAAACAUUUUCCCAAACCCUGAAAGUGUAUUCAUUAAUAUUACACGCGUUAUUUGGGUUUUGAUGCCUUAAAAGAAGACGCUGAUGAGAACAGAAUACCUUUGGUAAAUACACAAAUAAUGUUCCAUGUUCCUUUUUAAAAACUCAGGCCAUAUAUACCUUACAGGGAGAUAAAAGAUAUGAAAGAAUAGUAAAUCAUUUAAAAGAGGUAAGAAAAUUAAGAACUAGUCACAUUUCAGAUCAUUUAUUACUGAAUUACUAUUACUAAUUACUAUACCAUGUCAUAUAUAAGUCAUCACUUACAGUUUUGAUAACUCCUUGCUUUGAAGAUCUAAGAUACAUGUGAAUAAUUGAUUGAUAUAAUCACUUUGGGACCAUGGGUAUAUAUCAUUCACUUUUCUUGAAAGAAAUAUAGAAUCUUAUUAUCCAGCAACUAUAUAAAAGGUACUAAAUUAUGUUGUUACAUAAAAACAAGGUAGGAAAAUGUAAUUAUAAAAAAAUGGUAAUCUUAUACCACCAAAUGAAACACUUGAAAAGAAACAACUGAGCAUUAAUAAAGAUAAUUGAUAACUUCAUAAAUGAAAUGUUGUAUUUGGAAUUUUAAAAUAAGUAUUAAGAUUGUCCUUUAAAACACUACAUUUCAGUUUGCUUCGAAAGUUGUUUAUUUUACUUCUAAGUUAAAAAAAUUACUGAAAGCUUCAGUGUGCAAAGAGAACAGAAUCUGUUUACAAACUGUAGGUGACUUCGUCUAGCUUCCUCUCAAGAAAGAUGGCUGCAUAUAUUGCUGAAAUAUACAUCUAGAAUCACUAAAAUGAAAAAGAACUAGAGAAACUAUAUUGGGUCAUUAUAAGACAUUACCAUUGCAUUGCUAAAUAAUACUUCAAUUUUUUAAAGCAAAUUACCUGGAGAACCUUCAGUAGCUACUUCUCAGAAGACCAAAAAGAAACACAGGUAAAUUUAUAACUGGUAAUUUUGAACCAGAGAUGAGCAUUGACAAUAAUUUGAGAUAUCUGCAACAAUUGUAACAUAAAAAGAUCUGUGGUUUCCUAUGGUGACAGUCACAAUUGUCAGUAUUACUGUGCUUGAUUGCCUAUAUUCAUAAUGGAAAGAAAUACUAGAUUUCAUUAGAGAUUAGUGAAAAUAAGGAUAUAAUUUCUUCUCCCACUCAAGUUCACAUUCCCAGGUUAAGAAACCCAAAGAGUAAGCAUCUAGUUCAUUGGCUGUUACCCAUAUUGCAAAGUUGAUUUCUUUGGCUGUUUUAACUUAUAGGUCCAUCAAAUCUCCAUUUUAUUUUGUUCAGUGUGGUCAAAAGCUUAGUUUCUCACAUCUAAUUAAUAUAGAUGAAAUAGGAAAUGUUAGAUAUUUUAAAAGCAUAUAAGACAUAACUUUUUAAAUGAUCUUUCUUGAAGUCCCAAGUAAUCGAAGUGAAGGAAUAGUAAGUAACCACAGCAGCAGUGCCUCUGGUGGUGAGAAAAAACAAACAAACAAACAACAAACCCUGCACCAAAUCAAAACUUCUUUGGAGAAUUUACUUCAUUACUCAGCAAAAGUUUACCUAAAAUAGACAAGUAAAACAUCCACAUGUGCGCGCACACACGUAAUAUAAGAGUUCCUGAGCUUUUUCUUUAUCAAACUAGUUAAAUGAAGAGCAAUAAUUAACAUUUCUUCCAAAUAUAUUCGUUCAGUAUAGAUGUGUUUUAUUUUACUCUAGUGUGCUUUUCAAGAAACACUCUUAUCCCUGUCUUAGCUCUUGAUUCCAGAAAUAGGUUAACCUUAGAGUGAGCUGAUCCGUAGUCAGCUGCAUACACACGCUUAUGUUCACUCAAGAAGCACUUAUUUUGAGCCUACAGUGUGCGGGGCACAGGUCAACAUCAUAUAACCUCUACCAGGCUUCCUGCAAACAGUUUGUUACUAAAGGAUGUACCACAUCUUACCGAACUCCCUAAGAGAGUUAUCUUUUUUUCUUUUUUACUAGACCU